UUUCUUCUCUUCUGUACCCUCCCAAGCCCAAACGUAUAACAUGGCGUCAGCGCAGAUGAUGAUGAUGAUCAUGUGCUGUAUGGUGGUGGCCGCGGUAUUGGUGGUGGGGACGGCUGGUGAGGCUGCAAACGGUGCCGCGACCGAGGGCACACUGACGCUGCUGGUGGCGUACUGCCCGACGCUUACGACCAACGCAGGAGCGGUGGUGGAGGUGGAUACGGUGAGCGGCGAUAUCAAGGUGGUGGGGAGCUUCACAUGGCCGGGUGAGGCUGUCUUUGGCUGUGUCGCCGACUAUGAUCCCAACGUUGCCGUGGCGGGCUCUUCCAUCUGGCUCAACUUUGUGGCCGACGAUGGCGUCUUUGUUGAGGUGGAUCUCGACAAGGGCGCGGUGGCGGGCAAGUUCUCGGCAGGCGACCCGUUUUUCACCGGCUUUGAGACCUUUGGCCUUGUUGAUCGCAAGCUGCUGGGCAUUUCAGGGACGGUCACCCAGUCGGGCCUCUGUGACGACGGGUGCUUCCAGUACGGCGCCAUGGAUCUCGACGGCAAGUACAAGGCCGGCGAGAACAUCCUGUUCAAGGAGAUGUCAGAUGACGUCCACUACAUCACCGACGAUACGUUCUACGUCCAGGCCGGCUACGAUCUGCGGGAGGAAAAGUGCGCGCCGGAGGCCGCCGACGAGUGCCUGCUCAAGCUCGAUGUCAAGACCGGCGAGCUGAUAGAGGCCACCUUUACCAACUACACCGUGUACGCCUACGCCGGUGUCCCUGUCCUUGAUGCCCGUGUCAGCGCCGGGCCGAUCGUCCAAGCGUGGAUGGCCGGCUUUGCCGACGAGUGCCCGUCGGAGAGCUCGCCGAAUCCCGGCUUUGCCUUUGGCACCGUCGACCUCUCGACGGCCAAGGCGACCAAGACGGCGUGCCUGGCGAGCAACGCCACCAUCGACAUGGACGAGUGGGUGGCGUCGUUCUCGGCCGACGGCUCGCUCUUUGCCACCGGCUCGGGCAACGCCUACGGCGAUCCGUCGCAGCUGCUCGUUGUCGACACCGCGUCCGGCAAGCCGGUCUUCCAGUCGGAGCUCAAGUCUCUGCCUAAGACCCUCGGCGCUGCCCAGAACCUCAUCUGGAUCUGGUCGGUGACGUGGAAGGCGUAGUUGUCCCGGCUGCUGUAAACCACGACCUUUUUUUCGACA